CAUUGUAUCGUAUGUACUCUGGUAUUCUACUUUUCAUCUCUGCAAUUAUUUUCUCUCUCCUCUAAAUUUCCAAAAAUACGCCUUUGGAAUUUUCUUUUUUUUUUUUUUCAAUUUUCAUUUUCCUCUUUCUCUCUCAUCAUUGGAGGGAAAACCAGAAAACUUUCAAUAUUUCAAAAACCAAACUGAAAAACUUAGUUAAAAAAAAUUAAGGUUUUUGUUUUGCUCACUCAAAAAAUCAUCAAUCUUAGAAGAAAUCUGCUGGAUUUCUUUAUUCUUAGGGUUGAUUUGAUAAGCUCAAUUAAGAGUUCAGUCACCCUCCACAAUUGGAUUUGAAAUUGUGGUGAAUGUAAGUCCAAACCAUUUUGUCUUUGGCAAUGCAAAUCAAGAAAGUUUUGUCCAAAAGUUCCCCUCAAAAGCCUUCUACUAGAACACUGAGAUCCCAGAAGAAGACAUCUGAAAAUGUUCAAGUGGUCAAGAAAAAAGCUGCAGAGUUCAUUACUUCAUCGGCUAGAAAAACAAACAAAGGUAGGGCUGCGGCUAAGAGAGAUGUAAUUUCUGCCAAUAUAACCUUGACCACUACAUACAAUUUGCGGCAAGAUGAUGUUUCUAAUGUAUCUAUGGAUUCUGAUGAUGUUAUUGAUACUUCUGCAGUCCUGCAGGAACGUAAUGAGGGGACUGCACAUUGUGACUCAGGAACUAUUUUCUCACCAUCAUUUCAUUUGUCAAAAGGUGCUGGUGAAGACUUAGCAGAUUCAGAUACGAAAGCAGUUUGUAUGUCUUCGGACGUCUCAGCAAUAUAUCUUGCUAUGAAGAACUCAAAACUGGAAUGUUUAGAUGAAUAUGAGCAAGAUUCCAUGAUGGUUGAUUCGACCUUGGAGGAAGAGGAGGGAUACGAGGAAUAUAAUGAUUUUGAUCCAUACUUCUUUAUAAAGAACUUACCUGAACUGUCGGCUGUUAUUCCAACGUUUCGACGACAUCUGCUACCUAAACAAACACGGAGAUGCCCACCAACUACUCUUGUCUUGGACCUGGAUGAGACCUUAGUGCACUCGAGCUUGGAGCCUUGUGACAAUACAGACUUCACAUUUACAGUAAACUUUAACCAGAGCAACCAUACAGUAUAUGUCCGAUGUCGUCCCCACCUUCAAGAUUUCAUGGAAAGGGUGGCUAACCUUUUUGAAAUAAUUAUUUUUACUGCUAGCCAAAGCAUUUAUGCUGAACAACUACUCAACGUUUUGGAUCCAAAGAGGAGGGUAUUUCGUCAUCGUGUAUAUCGUGAAUCAUGCGUUUACGUGGAUGGAAACUACUUGAAAGAUUUGACUGUUCUUGGUCGUGAUUUAUCACGUGUGAUCAUAAUUGACAACUCCCCUCAGGCAUUUGGGUUUCAAGUCGACAAUGGAAUACCCAUUGAAAGUUGGUUCGAUGACCGUUCAGAUCAAGAGUUACUACUAUUACUUCCUUUUCUCGAGAGUUUGAUAGGAGUGGAAGAUGUGCGGCCAUUGAUCGCCCAAAAGUUCAACCUGAGACAAAGAAUAGCCGCAGCUGUUUACCCAUCUUCAAACUCCAAUAGAGGGGAUCCUUUCGAGAGGUUAGCUUAUUAACUGUUCGGCAUUAGCUGUAUGAGCUAUAAUCUUUUUUGAGUGAGAAUCGGUUGUGUUAAAGUACACGUAUUUUAAUCAAUUAGAUAAUAAAACGAACAUUGUCAUCUCCUGUGAAAACAUUUGUAAUUUUCCGAUUCAUCUGAGCUAUGUUUCUAGUGCACUUGGAUGAUAUAGGUUACGGUGAAACCUUACUCUUACGGUGGUGCACUCUUGUUACGAGCAAUUAAUAAAAUCACGGUCCUUAUAUUAGGUGAUUAUGUUUGCUAUAAUAGUGUUGAAUGUGAAUAAGUCGACUAAGUUAUCGAGGUUUUGUUGAUUCAUUUUUGUUCCGGGUCAUGAUCUGGUAAUUAAGUUAUAACAUAUUCUCAAGUUGAAAGAGUCUUGAGGUGGGCUCAAAAGGGGCAGCACGCCAUAUUGCUGGUCCUGAGCUCAAGGAUUAAAUAUACUGUCACCAAUGAGAAGAGGGAGUUUAGGAGAGCCUUAGCCGUUAAGUGGCCAUGCGAUGAUUUGAGAUACACAAAAACUUGGACGAGACCGUCGCAAGUUAAGAUGAAGUGUGGGCCGACCCAUUUCACGCGCGUGUAACAACAUUUUAAUUUUCUGAAUAUUUAUCAAUUUUGACCUUAAAGGUGUCAAUUUUGAAAUUUGAUACCUUUAAGGUCAAAAUUGAUACUUUAACAUCAAAAUUGAAAAAUGCCCAGGCUGUUACACGCGUGAAUUGGGUCGGCCCAAAUUGAUGGUUUCAUUAUGAAGUCGUCUCGUCCAAGACCACCUGUUUGAGAAGUAACAAGUUGGGUGCAUCGGACCUGUACUAGGUGGGAACUGGUGCAGACCAGCUUAGUCGAUUAACAAGAUUGUUCUUGUACUGUUGUACAUAGAUAUGCAUGAAGUACCCGCCAGCCACCAUUGCAAGUCAUUUUGAAUCGAUCGUGUUAGGUCAUCUAAGAGUAUAAUGAGAAAAAGGUUAGAGAGGAUCCUUAAUGUAGUCCGAUAGUAUCAUUUAUUUCGUAUGUACUUCACACAUCCUCGCUUUAGGAUUGAUUAUAUCAUUGUUCGUUUGUAACAAGUGUUAUAUUUUAUUGUUUUAAGUUGAAUUAUAGUCAAUUGAGAUUUAAUUGAUUUAUCUCGAUGUUAAUUUAUAAUAUGUAUAAUUAGAACAAAUGUUGCAAGUAUCUUGUGAGAAGUACAUAUCUUUAAUCAUACAUAUAUUUUACAAAUGAACACUCGUUUCUCAAAUUCAAUGUACCAUAAGACUGUUUCUAGAUGAAUGAAUUUAGUAGUAGGCCAUUCUGAUAAAGGAUAUAUUCUCAUCAUAUAUUUCACUUGUUAUUCUUUAUUCACAAUAUUCAAGUUAAGAGUCAUGUUAAAAAGACGCUAUAUUAUGUUUUAAAGCUAAAAAAUUAAAUAAAAUAUUUGUGCAAAAAUGACUCAAUUUAUA